AUGUCUACUAAGAAACGCAAUCGCUCGAAAGCAGAAGAGGAAGGGUUCGAGCCAGGAAGUUGGGAAUGCACUGUAUGUACGUUCCGAAAUCGACAUGAAGCGUUCAAAUGCGAAAUGUGCGAUACAAGAAAGGGGACAUCGACAAGAAAGCCACGUUUGAAUCAAAAUGUUGUGCAGCAUCAUACAGUUGUGCAGAAUUUUGUUGUUCAGCAGAGUCUUGCGGAGAAACCAAAAAGAAGGGUUGGACGACCAACAGCUGACUCACCAAGCACUUCCAGGCAUUCUCCGGAAAGCACUUCAUCCGGUUCUGGUGUUACAAAGUCUACAGUCAUUUCUAGAGCGAACAAUAAGCGUGUAAUAUCAUUGCGUGAUUCAUUGAUCGUCAGAUCCUCAGCAAAAAAACAUAUAGUUACCGUGAAGGGUAUACCUGCUUGCAUUAUAGAAUAUAAAAAACGUGAAGAUGAUAAGAAGUUAUUAGAAAGACGUGCUUCGCCCAAGCAAGCAUCUUUGAAGAAAGAUUUAACUGCAUAA